GUGGGAUUUGGGUGUAUUUAUACCUUCGUUCCCUUCCCCUCUUUAGCUAUUCCAUCCCCACUGUUGUUGUUUGAUUAAAUCAGCCAUUUUUGUUGUUCUCAAGACACAGAAGAUGAACAGACCCGGAGACUGGAACUGCACCUCCUGCCACCACUUCAACUUCCAGAGGAGGGACAUCUGCCAGCGCUGCGGCGACCCCAAGACCGGCGCCGCCGUAAGACCUGGGUCUGGAUUCGGGUUCGGCGGGUCGGACGUCAGGCCCGGGGACUGGUACUGCAGCGUAGGGAACUGUGGAGCCCACAAUUUCGCAACCCGGUCAAGCUGCUUCAAAUGUGGUGCCUUCAAAGACGACAUGUCGGCCUUCGACUUCGAUCUUCCUCGUCCGACUCCUCGGGGUAUAUCCCCUUUUGCUUUCUCUACUCCCGCCCGUUCCCCUGCCUCCGCUUGGAAGUCCGGUGACUGGAUUUGUGCUAGGUCAGGAUGCAACGAACAUAACUUUGCAAGUAGGAUGGAGUGCUUCAGAUGCAGUGCUCCAAGAGACUCGUACUAACAAAACUAGCCAUGUUCGAGUGCAAGGAAUUGUUGGGUGUAUCACAAUCAUAAAAUUAACAUCUUAAUUUGGGUACAUGUGUUUGUUUGCAGGGUUUAGGGUUCCAAGUGAGAGAAUUUCAAAGAGACUUCAUUCAUAAACUGCACUAUCUUUGUUUCUUUUUUUGUCUCUUUGAUUUUGAUUUUGUUUUUGUAGCCUUUUUUUUUUUCUUUAUUGUUAAUUUCUGUGAUGAAAAUUUGAGAUAAUCUCCAAAAAUCAAUGUUUGUUAUUAUA